AUGACAAGUCUUUUGAACUCUCUGGUAGAGUUCACAAAGAGCGAUUAUGCCUACGUCCAACCUGAUUCACCUGAAUCCGAUGCGGUCUUCAUCGACUCUAUCGUUCAUCGUGAUGGCAAGGUCUGGAUUAGCAAUGAAUUGCAUGCGGAUAGACGUACCAGCUUUUCCAACACUGACUUUGAAUCAGGUUCAAACCGCACCCCAAAGACUGAUGCUGUAUCAUGGCAAGGUACAGUUUCAGCAAUGAGCAAUUGGACAAGCUCCGCAACUACAAUCAUGGCAGGCUCGAUCGCAAAUAGUGCAAAAUACGUUCAAAGUCUCAGUUCAACGGUCACCUCUCCCAAGAGUACACCUUAUGCAUCAAUGACACCUUCAGUGAUCAAAGCAUGCAAAGAAGGUGAACAUGCUAAACGUCAUUCUGCAAUCCCUUCUUUGUACGGUGCCACUUCCGAUAGUUUGGAUACGUAUGAUGCUCCAUAUGAUCCGAUCAGUCGAUCAAUCUUUAUGGUCGAUCACAAUUCUGCAUCUGCUACUUCUGAUCGAGCUAAAAGAAUGCGCAGGCGAUUCACAACGGAUGUGACAGAUGCUGAAUCUAUCGUCAACCAAAGCGAGUAUCCAGAAACAUCGUCCCACAGACCGAUCCCCAACAAUGGUUUCAAGAGAAUGUCUGACCUUUUCAGCUUUUCCUCCAAUGGCGCAUCAGCAGAUAAGCUCAAGUGAGGGGUGGUGGUAUGCAUUUUCAAGUCUCCUUUCUUUUUAUAUCGUGAUCUCACUUUCUUCUUCUGUUUGUUUUUCGAGAUACGCUAUUUGAUCAAUUAAACCAGG